AUGGACGACCUAAUAUCGCUAGGCGAGACGUUACAGCAGGCGUCGUCGGCGCUCGUGGGAGACGACAUUCAGGCGGACCCUCGCUCGGGCUCUGCUCCCGUCAUCCAGCUUUUGGUCAUCGGCGCGCCGCCAACAGGAGAGGGCGGGUGCACGCGCUUCCCAGUGCUGGUUGACUUGCAUCGCGACCAGAACCUUUCGGCCGGCUCUGUGCGCGCCAAUCUCGGCCCCAGAACAAACAUGCCUAAGCCCUCGGAGAUACGGCAAGCACUGCAGUCGGACAUGAGCAAGGCCAAGGGGUCGUCCAGGCACAGAGAGGAGGCGCAACUCAUCCUCCGCUCGCCAAUCGGUCUGUCCGACAAUGUGUCCAACAAUGAUGCAGUCAUCCUGGUGGUGAUCUCUGCCACGGCAGUUAAGGACUCUCUUAAGAUCCUCCGCAUCGCUCACGACAUUGACAAAGAAGGUGUGAGGACCAUUGGAGUUAUAACGAAAUUCGACCAAGUGAUGAAGGACAGGGACACAGCGAAGCUGGCAGUGGACCUGCUUCAGAAGCAGGGGGCGGCCAUGGCUCAGGACUACCCGUGGGUGGCUGUGAUUGGGCAGCCGCUGGGGGACAAGGACACAAAUGAGCCCAUGGAUGGCGCUUGGCAGGAGGAAUACAAGGUCUUAUCGCAGGUGAUGCGGGCGAAUGGCGUGAAGGGCAUGGACACGCCCAUGGGUCGCGAUGCGUUGCUGCGGCUGAUUGCUCGCACCGUGCGGCACAAGAUGAAGGAGAAGAUUCCGCGCAUCAUGUCUGCCUUGGAGAGUCGCUUGGAGGGUCGGUCUCAGGAGGUGGAUGCGGAGCUACUCAGGCUGGGAGACUCCCUCGUCACCGGUCUGAACGGCUCCGGUGCCCUCGCCCUGGAGCUGUGCCGAGGGUUUGAAAAGCUCAUGUCUCCUGGCCUCCCCUCUCCCUGUUCCCGUCAGCUUGGAGGGUCGGUCUCAGGAGGUGGAUGCGGAGCUACUCAGGCUGGGAGACUCCCUCGUCACCGCUUGGAGGGUCGGUCUCAGGAGGUGGAUGCGGAGCUACUCAGGCUGGGCGACUCACUGGUCUCCAGCCUCAACGGCUCGCGUGCCCUCGCCCUGGAGCUGUGCCGAGGGUUUGAGACCAAGUUCUGCGAGCACCUGGACGGCAGUGAGGUGCGUGCGCUGGGGAGGAGGCAUUAUGGGGUGUUGCAAGGUGGUAUGGAUGGAGGGGGCAGGGGGCAUUAUGGGGUGCCUCAAGGUGGUAUGGAAGGGCCAGGUGAGGGGAAUGGAAAGGGCUGCUCUUCCGUGUCCAACCUCAACGGCUCGCGUGCCCUUGCGUUGGAGCUGUGCCGAGGAUUUGAGACCAAGUUCUGCGAACACCUGGAUGGCAGUGAGGUGCGUGCGCUGUGGGAGGGCGGAGGGUCGCAGAUGGUGGAGAAGUUUGUCGGCACGCUGCCGCUGCGCUUCAGAGGGCUCCCUCUGGACGACAUGUUCAGCUUUGACAACGUCAAGAAGGGGCUCCCUCUGGACGACAUGUUCAGCUUUGGCAACGUCAAGAAGGUGGUGAUGGUGGCAGAUGGGUAUCAGCCAUACCUGCUGUCGCCUGAGAAGGGCCUGCGUCUACUCAUUAAACGGAGCCUGGAGCUGGCCAAGCAGCCGGGCAUUGACUGUGUGGACGAGGUGCACAAGAUUCUUGUGGACAUCGUUGCAGGUGCUGCAUCCCAAGCCCCUUCGCUCGUCCGGUUCCCACCCAUGAAAACAGAGCUGGUGGGCCAUCGCCUCAGUAGCACUGGUCGACUGGUGGCCAUUGCAUCGGCAGCAUUGGACGAGUAUCGCGCAGAGGCGAAGCGCAUGGUGACGGCCAUCCUGGUGGCCAUAGCAUCAGCAGCGUUGGACGAGUAUCGCGCGGAGGCGAAGCGCAUGGUGACAGCCAUCCUGGUGGCCAUCGCCUCGGCAGCGUUGGACGAGUAUCGCGCGGAGGCGAAGCGCAUGGUGACAGCCAUCGUGGACAUGGAGAAGGGAUUCGUGCCGCCGUCGCACUUCAUUGAGGCGGAGUACAAAAGGCAGGAGAAGAUGUGGAAGGAGUUGGAGGUGGCUCGCAAGGGCCUGCAGGACCGAGGCGUGCUCUCCCGCUCCUCGACAGGAGACAGUGGGGGAGGCCGCUUUGCCUCUGCCAUGUCAUCCUUCUCCCGAAAGAAGGAGCCUCCCCCUCCUCCGCCCUCUGCUGAUAUCUCGCAUCCGCUGUCGACAGGAGACAGUGGGGGAGGCCGCUUUGCCUCUGCCAUGUCAUCUUUCUCCCGCAAGAAGGAGCCUCCCCCUCCUCCGCCACCCACCGAUGCCUCUCAGCCCCUGGGUCCCGUCAAGGAGCUUGCAGGUGCUGUGCUGUUCU